AUGUCACCGUCGAGCAACCGCAUGUCCGUGGUCGAGGAUGUGGUCAUUCCAGCCCAUCUGCUGGCUACAGCAACACCCUCAAGUCGUCCGUGGGCGACCUCCCAUCGUGAGCCACUGGAGCUGGGCCCCGUCCAGCAAGCUAUCCAGACCGAGGCCUUGGAGCGAACAGUUGGUCGACUGCGCCGCUCAGCAACGGUCAGCGGACACCAACCCCCCAAAGCCCGGACGAUCCCCAACAAUCGACGUCUUAGUGAGCCCCUGAGUGUUUCCGAUGGCAGCAUAAUCGCUGACGCCAAAUCACCGUCCUUUUCCCCACGCGAGACCCUCGACGACCACAUACAAUGGGCUCGCUCACCGGUGUUCAGCAAGUUCGGAAACCAGGAGGCCUGUGAGUCAGUCCCAGGAACACGAGACGGCGUAUGGCCUCUUCCACCACGUCCGCAAAGCUACCGCAUCUCGCGCAUUGAAACCGGAACCAAAUCGAAUGCAGCCAGACCGGCAGCUCGACACAGCAUCUAUGACAUUUACCAGAGAGCGAAAGAGCGACGGGUGGCCUUGCAGAGAAAAUACUGGGUCCAAUUGCUGUUCGAAUAUGCGGUCUACCUGAUGCUCGCAGCAUUCAUCUACUUGGUGCUGAUUGGGGUUCCUCUCUGGAAAGGCGCGGUGUGGUGGCUGUAUUAUGUGGUCCGAUUCGAGUUUGUGAUUCAGGGCGGCUGGGCAAUCACGAUAGGAGUGGCCUUCUUCUAUGCCUUUGGACCCCUCCUUGUGGCCUUUGAAGACAAUCCUCCCGCGGUGCCCGAGCAACUCCCCGGAGUCGAUUUGGAGCCAAAUCGCCAGAUGGCCCAGGAUACAGCCCUUCUCAUCCCAUGCUACAAGUCAGCCAGCAUCAUUGGACCGACCUUGGAAGCAGCCUUGCGGAUCUUCCCGCCACAAAAUAUCUAUGUGAUCGCCAACGGCAAUGCGCCAGAGCCCCUUGACAACACCGAAGAGGUCUGUCGCCCCUACGGCGUGAACCAUCUGUGGUGCCCAGUCGGGAGCAAGAUCAUCGCGCAGUUUGUCGGCUGCUAUGCGGCCAAACAGUUCCCCCACGUGCUGCUGAUCGAUGAUGAUUGCGCCCUGCCCGCCAACUUCCCCGUGGUGAGUGACCGGUUGCAGGGACGUGUCCAGUGCAUCGGCUAUACGAUCAAGAGUGUGGGGCCGGGCUCGUCGCGAGGGACUUUCUGUCAACAAGCGCAAGAUUUGGAGUAUAAGAUCUCAGGCCUGCAGCGCGCCUUUGCGGGCCGACUGGGAAGUGCAACCUUCCCUCACGGCGCCAUCUCCCUGUGGCGUACCGACUUCCUCAAACAGACCUUCCAUGAUCAUCCGGGCUUUUCGGUGUCCGAAGACUGGUUUUUCGGGGAUAGUUGUCGGCGACUGGGCGGACGCAUCACCAUGUGCUCGGCCGUCUUUGUUGAGACCGAGACUCCCUCAGCCGUCUUCUUCAGCAGCGGUGGCUCUCGCGGAGGGUUCGGUGAGAUGACAAUCUUCAAACAGCGCUUCAUGCGGUGGAACUUCUUCUUCGUCAACGGCAUGUACUUUAACAUGAAGUAUAUUCUGUGCAAUUGGAAGCUGGGUUGGUGGGAGCUGGGGGCCAAGCUAUUUGUCUUUCAAGAGGUCUACGAGACACUGCUCUAUCUCGUCGCACCGUUCAUGCUGCCGAUCUCCUUUGUCGUCCGGCCCUCGUUCUGCGGGAUCAUGCUGGGCGUCACCAAUGGGUUGUACUUCCUCAACGUGAUCAUCUUCAACCUCGUUCAUCUGCGAUCCAAGAAGGAGGCGGUGGGCUGGACCUGCUUGCUCGUCUACUACAUGCCGUACAAGAUCGUGCUGUUCUUGAUCAAUGUCGCCAGCUGCUACUGGUCGCUCUUCAAGUACGCCCGCUACUUUGCCAACCGCCAUCCCAAGGUGAUCGAAGACGACAAAGCGGUGGAAGUGGUUCUUCGUCUGGAGGAGACCACCAGCUUCUCCCCCGAAGAGAAGACGCUUCCAGGGUUGGGCAGGAGUUUCUCGGUGACGAAAGUCAGGGCCCGCCGGCCGACCAAUGCCUCCCAGCCGCGUCCGGUCAGUCUCCGGGCUUCGAUUGUCGGCGUCGACGGCAAUUGGAUCUAG